UUGCGUAAAACGCGCGCGUCGCAUCAGAGACUUUGGGAAUGACUCGUGAUGAACUAAAGAAGGUUUUUAAUCGUGAAGGAUAAAUAUAAAACACUUCACGAUCCUGAAGAGCAACUUUACAGUCCGGGAUCUGCAGGAAAAGGCUCGUGAUCUGGACUUUAUGGACAAACUUGAGUCUUUAAACUUGAGUGGUGUUGAUGAAGAAGAGCAGCUCGAGCUUCAUUUAAACAGCUGAAAAUGGAGGAUCGAGGAGAAGAAUCGAGGAGAAGGACGUGAGGAAAGAGAAAAGAGACGCCCUGAGAUUCAGAACCAGAUCAACAGGUGAUAUAAUCCACACUGAGCCUCUUACGAUGGAAGGUUGGACCAAAGACGAGGUUCGAGAAUGGCUCAUUUCAGACGUCAAAGUCAGUCCGACUGACGCCCAAAGGUUUUUUGAUGAGGACGUGUCUGGGGAGUACUUAGUGGAAUUUACCAAAAGGGAGAUUCUGGACAUGGACAUAAAACACGGCCCAGCGGUGAAAAUCACAAAGCGUCUAAAACAGUGGAAGGAGCAGAGCCGGACUCAGCCCCAGUGUCCUGCGUAUGUGCUCUCCUGGACAAAGGAGCAGGUGAAGCUGUGGUUACUGCAGCACCUGAAGAUCUAUGACAAAUACGCCCAGCGGCUGCUGGAAGAGGACGUGUCAGGAGACUGUCUGGUUUACUUUGAGACGCAGGACUUUAAGGAUCUGGACUUUAAACAAGGUCCAACAGUGAAGAUCCUGGCAGAACUCAGACGACUGAAAGACAAAGCAGAACCAGAGCUGCUGCCUGUAACAGAAGAGGAGAACAAACAGCCGAGUGUUGAACCAGAGCCAAGUCUGUCUCAACCAGAGACACAGAGGAAAUCCUCUGAAAGAACCACGAGCCCCAACACUCACCACGUCCAAAACACUCAGAGGACACCGCCCCAGCAACCACCAGCUCCAAACACAAAGACUGCAGCAGAGGUCUCAGGGACAGGAAGUUUUGAAGACAACAUUGAAAUCAUGAUCUACAAAGUGUUGAAUAAUCUUGUAGAGGAGGAAAUAAAACAUUUUUGUUUCCAUUUGAAAGACUACACUUCAUCAAAAUAUAAUCAGAUUCCACGAUCCAAACUGGAAAGAGCCGAUCAAGCCGACAUCGCCUCGUUAUUGUGUCAGAAUUAUGUGGAGGAAGCUCCUGAUGUCACAGUGAAGAUUCUUCGAGCGAUCAACAAAAAUGACAGUGCCUCAGAGCUGGAGAAAACUGUUGGUGCCCUGAAGGAGAAGAAGAUGUCCUCAAAGGACAUUUCAAAAACUGAAGCUGAUCAAGGGGACAAACUGAAAAAUCUGUUGACGUGUGGAGGAAACGCUCUGGAUAACUAUGAUAAGUUUGUUAUUGUCCUGAAUAAAAGCCACCCAGAUCAGGUGCAGCACCUCCACUUUCUGAGCAAACUGAAACUGUUCUGUGUCCUGGACUUUGACCCAAACUCGGUGUUACCAGGAGGCGUCUGUCACUCCUACAGAGAGGAAAGGGUGGCAAACCUGCACAGCCCAGUGCAAUAUAAGGGAAAAACCGAAUCCAUCAUAAUAGAGAAGCUAAAUCUGUAUAAACAGACGAGCUGGGUCUUCUGCAAUGGGAGAAAUGAUCUAGAAGAUGAAUGUCACCAGGAGCUGGACUAUAAGUCCUGGCUGAAGACGUCCUGCAGAAACGUGGAGCACCUAGUUUCAUUUAUUUGCAAACCAGAGGUUCUUUGUCACAGAGAAUUUCUGAUCAUUUUCCUUUUACUGUCUCCAGUCGAAACAGAAAAAGAUCCCAUGUUUGACACGUACAGAUGUUUCUACAAAAACACGUCAGAGAAAAAUAUAGUCACACUGUGUGAGUCCAAGAGCACAUACUUAAAAUGGAAGGAGCUGGUUCAAGAGAAAUGUGACACAGACAUCGACCCGUUUUCCAUAAACGAGCUGAGCCUGAGAGAAAUCAACGGCACCAUCAUGGCCCUGGGACCAAUCAGCCGAUCCCCUGUGAAACUGCUGCCAUCUGCAGACUCGAGUUCCAUUGUGUUAAAGCAGAAGGAGGAAGAUCUGAUGACCGCGCUGGAGGUUCUGUGUGUAAACCAGUGUGAGAACAUUCACGACGAGAACAGCGAACAGUUCAAACAGUUCAAACUAAAACAAGAAGAGGAGUUCUACCGAGGAGGCAAGGUGAAAUGGUGGAACUUUUAUUUCUGUGAAAAAGACAAGGAGAGGCCCUUCAUCAAGAGAGACAAGUAUGAAAAUGUAAAAAAGAUGAUCAGAACUCAGUUAAAAGAUCCUCAAAACACCUGCAUUGUGCUCACUCUGUUUCACCAUCCGGGCUGUGGGGCCACAACUCUCGCUAUGCACGUCAUGUGGGACCUCCGCAAAGAGCUCAGGUGUGCGGUUCUCAAGGAGAACAAAGUCCCAAAAGAGGAAGUGGCCCAUCAAAUCAUAAAACUCAUGAAACUCGACCCUAAGAGACCGUGCACAGUUUUACUCUUAGUGGAUGAUUCAAAGGACUCUACCCAUGAGCUUCUGAACUUUAUCCAGAAAACUGUGUCCAACAUGAAUGUAGACCUCACCCAAACCUGUAAGGUGAUCGUUCUGAACUGUGUCCGCAGCCACAGCCCAAAGGACCAGUACAGAGAACACGACAUUUCAUGUAGUCAGUACCUGACUGCAUCUCUGACCCCAGAUGAACAACAGGAUUUUGAAAAGAAACUUAAAGAACUGGAAAAAACUCACAACAAACCAGAGAACUUUUACAGUUUCAUGCUCAUGAAGAGUAACUUCGACCCUCAGUACACUGAAGACCUUGCCUCCAAUACUCUGGAGAGUUUUGAUAUGAGCACCAAGAAGGGCAAACUGUUUGCUUUUCUGGCAUUGCUUAAUACAUAUGUGGCUGAUUCGGAGAUUUCCCUCUCACUCUGUGAGGACUUCUUAGGGAUUAUGAUUCGAUGGGAAGAGGACAGUGUGCUGAAGCGAAUGGCCCCAUAUUCUAACCUCCUCAUCAUUUAUAAAGUUGAAGACUGGGGAGGGUACAAAGGAGUUCGGAUCCUGCAUAACCACAUAGCUGCUGCCUGUCUGGAAGAGUUUGAGAGACGACAUGAGCUCACAGUCAGUGACAUCACAAUAGAGAUUUUACACUGUGAUCUCUUCUACAGUCCAGGGGUCGUUAAAAACAGACUCAUGAAGUCCAUAGAACAAAUGCUGAUUGAACGACAGCGCAGAAAGGGAGAAAAGGGAGAAAGGGAACCAUUUUCACCACUAGUAGAAAAAAUCCACAGCGAAAAAGGAAGACAAAUUAUUCAGAACAUUUUUGUACAGGCCUCCUCCAGGUUUGAAACCAGUGCUUCCAUCCCCCAGGCCCUGGCCAGAUAUCUGUACAUUAAAGAGCAGGACUUUCCUGAGGCUCUGAAAUGGGCUCAAAAGGCAACAAACAUUGCAAAAAACCCAUUUAUGUUUGACACGAUUGCCCAGAUUCACAAAAGUAAUUUAAAAUAUAACAUGGACAGAGAAAAGCAAGAAAAAUCCCACAGUCCAGAAAGUCUUAAACAAAAUCUUAAAAUAGCGGUAAAUGCCAUCGAAGCCUUUGAACGAGCUCAGGAUCUUGCACCCAACGAUGAAGAAGAAGAGUCAGAAGAUGAUCAAGACUAUCCCAGAAAGUCAUACACAAUUUACGGCUACGUUGGAGUUGUGGAAAUUACAUUUUUAGUAUUUGAGGUGUUGGGAAGAUUAUCAUUUUUUAAUGAAAAUCAAGAUCCAAUGAACAAGAUGUAUCUAAGGAGUUUCUUAGAGGGUAAAACUCUGAUCACAAGUGUUCACAAGGAAAACAAUGAAAUCAAUGACAGAUAUGUGGCAGUCAUUCGAGAACAUGAGCAUUUCAUCCUAAACCUGAAAAACAAGGUCAAAGACACAUUUGACAUCCUCAGUUCUUUCUUUACAUAUUUAAAACCUGUCUAUUCAGAGUUUGAUUCAAAGAACCGCUGGACCAUCGCUGAACAUUUCAAAAAGUAUGUUCAGCUAUUUUGCAUUAAACCAGAAGAGGUGAAUACAGAGUGCCAAAGCAACCCUCAACUCGCUUUGAAAAUGGCGAUAGAACAAAAGAGGCUGUUCCUGGAAGAGAAGAAUGUAGACACUUUUUCAGGGAUUCUAUCCAUUCAGAAUUUGGCUAAAUCUGCAGAAGAGAUGGAGGAGAUCACUCAGGCCUAUGAAUAUCUCUAUAAACACAAAGACUUUAACACCAAAACACAAGCGACUAAAGUAACAACCAACUACAUCCUGUCCAACAUCGUUCUUAACCUCUCAAAGCCAAAGUCCAAACACGUGCUGGGGUACACAGUCCUGUCAGACAUGCUCAGAAAGACUCUGCAGGAUGUAGGUCUUCGCUCAAACUUCCCUGACCCGUACUACACAGCCCUGCUGCUGUUCUGGCCCAAUCCUUCAGACAAAACCACCGACAUACAAAAAUAUGUCACUGCAAUUCGACACGCUUCUCGAAAGCACCUGUCUGCUUACUUUAAGGGUCGAAGCACUGUAGCUCACCUGUUUCUGGCUAAAGGAUCAAGCCUCACACGACUUGUUUCCAAGUUACAGUUGGAUAAAAACUUUAAGGAAAUGUCACGUAUCAGUCUGGCACAGUUGUGGCGCAGUGGGGACAUUUUCAAAGAAAAGAUAAUAAAAGAUCGUCUUCUUCGAGUUAAAGGAACUAUUGAGGGAGGAGAAAUUUCUGCAAUAUAUGGAAAUCAGAAAGUCCAUGUCCGUCCAGCUCUGAUUUCAGGCACCAGAAGUGGCUUCAGCACUGAGAAGGUCUCCUUCUUCUUGGGCUUCGCCAUUAAUGGACCUCUUGCAUAUGAUAUACAAAGUGAAAAUUAAGGAAACCUUCUUCUCCAGCUUCUGCUGCUUCUGUUCUUAUGGGCCUGGCUGAUGCCCCACACACCCUCCCAUAAAAGAGACACUGACUAUGACAGUGUGAUAAAACAUCCAGAGCAGCUCCUCAAACAUCAAAUGCCCUGAGCCUCCAGACAAAAGAGGCGACUCUGUUCUCAUGAACAGGGCAUCUGUGUUUAACCCUGAAUCACACUUAGGCAUAUUUUGUGCUUUGUCACUUUUGUUUCUUCAUCUUUUUCACUUCUUCAUUUUUGAUUCAAAUGGGCUGAUUUUUGGCAGAGUGAUGUAUCCAUGAGAUUUUUAACAUUUUCAUAAUCAGUUUUUCAAGUUUAGCCUAUUCUGAUUCAUUUUAGGAAAGAUAAUGCCUUUGUGCCCUUGAGCACAAAAAUGAUCAGUUGCCUUUCAUUAUAACAACCUGCCAUUGUGCAAAAUGUAAAGAAUGCAACAUCGAAGUGUGAAACCUCUGGCUUCAAAUGAGUGUUCUGACAUAUUUUUUUGGAGGAUGAUGUAAUUUUACCUUAUAUGGUCAAAAGUGUAAAUGCAUGUAGUCAGUCAUUGUCUAUAAUCACCACCUGUCCUCAGUAUAAAGUGUGUAAUAUCUCAUUUCUGUAGAUUUUCUCAACCCUCUGACUUCAAAUUCGUGUUCUGGUAUAAUUUUUGAAAGAUGAAGCACUUUUUACUUUAUGGGAAGUUAAUAUGAAUGACUGAGAUUCAUGAGCAGGACCACGCCUCAUCCUCCCCCUGCUCCUCUCCAGCCAACCACAGCUCAGCUCAACCACACCUUCAGUUUUGUGAAGAAUCCCUCAGUCGUCCAGGUAGAAUCCACAGCGAGGAGAAAAUUCAGUUUGUCGACUGGACCCAAAGUUAGUUUGGUUGAAGACGUCAGAACUGAAGAAGCAGCUUGGAUGAGCUGCGAAACGUCUUCAACCAAACUAACUUGGGUCCAGUCGACAAACUGAAUUUUCUCCUCGCCACACCUUCAGUUACCCACAAGCUCUGUUUAUACCGGCCUAUCCAGACAACAGCGUCUCCUUCUGCUCUCUCGACUCCUUCCUCCCCGUGUCUCUUGUUCAUCCUUCAGCCUGACGACAUCAUGCACAAAGGAGUGGGUCCGGCUGACCUCCUGAGACCGAGCUCUGGUCCUGAGUCUCCCCCCAGUCAUCACAUCCAUCCACCGUCAGUAAACGUCUGCAGAGUGUUCCACUGUUGUGACGUGGUUCUUGCUGGUGAAAUGGUGAGUGAUUGAAAUGCAUCUAAUUUUGCAGUUUACUCCCUGACGUCAGGGCGAUGUGACUGGUUGAGUGUUUGUGGAGCUGCAGGAGUCCCAGAGAACAGUGACAGACAGUAUUUGACUUUUACUCCAUGUAUGUGUAAGAACAGCAGAGGUGCAGUAUCACAUACAUACAGACGAGUUCUAAAUUGCUGUUACCUCUCUGCCAAAGAAAGAAAAAUCAACAAUGGUCACUGAAAUAAUUUGAAACUGAUAAAAGCAAUAAUAAAUAAAAAUGUACUGAAAAUUGUCCAACGAAAAUCAAACAUUGUUUUUCACCUGUGGUUCAAUGAAAUUAUUAGAAAAAACAAAAAUAAUGAAACUAGCCUGGACAAAAAUGAUGGUUCCCAUAACUUAAUAUUUUGUUGCACAACCUUUUGAGGCAAACUCUGCAAACAAAUGAUUUUAGUCACUGUCAGUGAGACUUCUGCUCUAGUCAACAGGUAUUUUGACCCACUCCACGUGAGCAAACUGUUCUAGUUGUCUUGACUCCAGAACAGUCCAGUGUUUUGUUCUUAGUCGUUCUUGUGUGUUUUUUCGUGUGUUUUGGGUCAUUUUCCUGUUGAAGACUCAUGACCUACGACUGAGACCAAACUUUCUGACACGAGGCGACACAUUUCGUUCCAAAACACUUUGAUAGUUUUGAGAUUCUGUUGUAUUUUGCACAGAUUCAAGACGCCCUGAGCCUGACGCAGCAGAACAGCCCCAGAACCAAACCAAACCUCCUCCGUGCUUCACAGUAGAGACAGUGUUCUUUUCUUGGUCUGCUUCAUGUUUGCGUCUGUGAACUUAGAGCUGAUGUGUCUUGCCAAAGAGCUUCAGUUUUGUCUCAUCUGUCCAAAGAACAUUCUCCCAGAAGUUUUGUGGUUUGUCCAUCUGCAUCGUGACAAACUCCAGUGUCACUUUCUGAUGAUGUUCUCUCAGCAGUGGUGUCCUCACAUGAAGUCACUUUGGCUCAAACACUGAUGGACGGUGUGAUCUGACCUGAUGUUCCUCGUCCUUCAACUUCACGUUUCAUUUGUUUGGAGGUUGUUCUGGGUCUUUGGUUCCGUUUGUAUGAUUCGUCUCUUCAGUUUGUCGUCAGUUUUCCUCUUGCGGUCGCGUCCAGGGAGGUUGUCUUCAGUCCUGUGGAGCUUAAACUUCUGAAGAACAUGUGGAAGUGUAAUCACAGCUACAUCACGCUGCUUGGAGAUGGUCUUAUUGUCUUUAUCUUUAACCUGCUUGUCUGUCAUUUUCUUUCUAGUCUCCUGACACAGUUGUCUUCUUCUCUUUCUCUGGUCCAUGUUCAGUGUUGUGUCCAUCUUGUCUCCAAACACAAUGACACAUGUGGCCCUUUAAACAGACACACUGACUGAGACUGACGAGUCUGAAGAACCUGUGAUGAAGAUCAGAGACACACUGAAGUUUUAACAUGUCCCUGUUGUCCAACUGUUUACAGUCUUUUCUAAGGGAACAUCAUGUUUGUCCAGGACACUUUCAUUAGUUUAUUUUUAAAAAUUAUUCUGUUGAACAGCUAUUCUGAUUUUCAUUGGCUAUUUUUCAGGAUUUUUUAUUUUAUUUUUACUUUUCUUAGUUUCAAAUUAUUUCAGUGACCAUUGUUGAUUUUUCUUUCAUUACCACAGGGAACCAACAAUUUUGUCCACGUCUGUAGAUCCUAAAGCUGCUCUAAACACUUUACUCUGUGGGAAAUAUCAGACUGUUUCAUGAUGUCAGAAGCCGUACAGUUUAGUUUGGGUGAGACUCUCUGAGGAGAGGGGAAGACAGGUUUUUUUGUAAUCAUUAGUUUUUGAGGAGUAAUUGUAAGACCUGGGUCCAUAUGCAGGAGCAGCAACAGAAGUAUGAACAAUAUGAUCAGAAAUACAAAAUAAAGGUUUAGAAACAGCCAAAGUCGUAGGGGAGAUGAGUGGGACUGCAGCCUCUGUACUAUCUCUGUGUCCUUAGGCAAGACACUUCACCCACAUUUACCAGUAUAACUCUGGUGUGUAACUGAUUGGUGGUGGUCAGAGAGGCCGAUGGCACAGCCUCACUUUCAUCAGUCUGUCCCAGGGCAACUGUGGCUACAGAAAUGUCUUGCCGCCACCACAGACUGUAUAGAUACAUUUAAUUACUCUUAAUCAGACAGUGUUUCUAGUGUUUGUAGAGCAGCGGGAGGUUGAGGCUUGGUCCUGCUCAUGAAUCUCAGUCAUAUUAACUUUACAUAAGGUAAAAAAUACUUCAUCCAUCCAUUUUCUUCUGUUUAUCCGGGGCCGGGUCGCGGGGGCAGCAGUCUUAAGCAGGGACUCCCAGACUUCCUUCACCCCAGACACGUCCUCCAGCUCCUCUGGGGGGACCCCGAGGUGUUCCCAGGCCAGCCGAGAGACAUAGUCCCUCCAGUGUGUCCUGGGUCUUCCCCGGGGCCUCCUCCCGGUGGGACAUGAACACCUCCUGAGGGAAGCGUCCAGGAGACAUCAGAACAGACGCUCGAGCCUCAACUGGCUCCUCUCCACGUGGAGGAGCAGCGACUCUACUCCAAGCUCCUCCCGUGUGACUGAGCUCCUCACUCUGUCUCUAAGGGAGACGCCCAGCCACCCUGCGGAGGAAACUCAUUUCAAGCACUUGUAUCUGCGAUCUCGUCCUUUCGGUCACUACCCAGAGCUCAUGACCAGAGGUGAGAGGAGGAACGAAGACUGACCGGUAAAUCGAGAGCUUCGCCUUUCGGCUCAGCUCCUCUUACAGCGACCGCAUCACUGCAGACGCUGCACCGAUCCGCCUGUCAAUCUCCCGUUCCAUCCUUCCCUCACUCGUGAACAAGACCCCGAGAUACUUGAACUCCUCCACUUGAGGCAGGGACUCUCCGCCCACCUGGAGAGGGUAAGACGCGUUUUUCCAGUCGAGAACCACGGCCUCGGAUUUGGAGGAGCUGAUCUUCAUCCAGACGCUUCACACUCAGGUCAAACCGCCCCAGAGCUGCAGGUCCUGGUUCGAUGAAGACAACAGGACAACAUCAUCUGUGAACAGCAGAGAUGAUCCUGUGGUCCCCAAACCGGACCCUCCGACCCCUGACUGCCCCAGAAACUCUGUCCAUAAAUACUUCAUCAUUCAAAAAAUACUUCAGAACACUAAUUUGAAGUGGUUCAGAAAAUAUAUAGAAAUUUGAUCUGAACACUUUGAGUCACACUUGCUGAGUUCACGUCUUUAUACAGCGUGUGGUUUGAAAGAAAACUGGGGCGUAAAGUGUCUAAAAAGUGUCUGUAAAUCAAAUGGAUCAUGUGUCAUUAUUAAAAGUCUCAGAGAAUCAUUUUUUUUAAUGAUUAUAAAAAGACAAAUAUAUUUGAACAAAGUCCCCUGUAGUUUCUAUAUGAUGUUUGCAGCAGGUUUUGUUUCGGCUUCAGUGGGAAAAGUUUCAUUUAUGUUGCACUAAAUAUUCAAGAAAAGAUGUAAAGAGCAAAAAAGCAGCUUCAAACAUGAAUUUAAAGCCAGAAGGUUCAGCAAAUUCAAAAACAUUGACACAGUGAUUUGAAAUGGUUCCAGUGGGCUUCCUUAGCUUACGUUUGUGUGAACAAGUCCUGGCUGUGAACCAGAACAAGUCUGUUUUAUUUAGACCUGUUGUUUUGUUUGUCUUACACUUCCUGUGUUAAAUGUUCUGUAGAAAGUCAAGUUUAUUGAUCUUUGAAAGGGUGUAUUUGCAUUUUUAUUCCGUGGUCAUUAUAUUAGUUGAAAUUGGUCUCAAAAUGUCAAUAUUAUCGUUUAUCACAAUAAAUUCUUGGUCAAUUAA